CAUCUUUGUUGUGAGAAUCUCAAAAAAUGGACUCGGCAAUGUUACUUCGUUCAUAUCUGCUCGGUUCCCUUCUCUGCUUCGCCUUAGUAGCUUGUGAUCCGAGUUUCAGUGACGCCAUCAACAAGGGACAGGUAAAUCACCGUCAGAUUCCGGAGGCGUCAGGGUUAGCUGCCAGUCGGAGACAUCCAAACAUCCUGUACACACAUAACGACAAAGGCGGCCAAAACCGAAUAUUCGCCCUCAACGCUACAAAUUCUCAUAUCCAGGCCACGUUCACCAUAUCCGGUGCCACCAAUAAAGACUGGGAGGAUGUCGCCGUGGGCACGUGCGGCCAGGAAACACGUUUAUACAUCGGUGACAUCGGUGAUGGAGGCCCUGAACCUCACACGAUUUACCGAGUGAAGGAGCCGGCAGAAAUACGUGACCAAACCCUGCAAGUGGACUCAAAACUUCUAUAUGAAUUUUCAGACGAAGACUCUGAAACACUGAUGAUUGAUCCAAACGAGGAACUUUACAUAGCCUCUAAGACGGAUGACGAGCCAUCAUGGAUUGCGCAUGUGCCAACUAGUGGAAAUUGGGGGACAGGAAAUGUCGUAAACGUCCAGAGACAAGCCAACUUUACACGUUACACCAGCAAGAAAAACCCAGUGGGCGGUGACAUUUCCCCGGACGGCACGGAAAUGCUGAUCAAAUUUAAAGAAUGGGUGUUAUACUACAAGUUAGCACCAGGCGAGUCUUACGUGGAUGCCGUCAAAAGAGAACCACUUGUAUUGCCAUACCACCCAGAACCGCGUGGUGAAUCCGUCUGUUGGUCACAUGACGCGAAUGGAUAUUUCACUUUGUCUGAAGGUAAAAAGGCCGACCAACCGCUUUACUUCUAUCGAAGGGAGUCAGCUACCCACGACUAAGCAGUUCAAUGUGAAGCAUUUAUAUCCACGGACAAUGGGAACGGUCGCCAGUUACUUGACAGAGGCAGGAUGUUUUUGUCGUGUCGUCACAUGGAUGAACUCUUCUCCAGGACAUUGCUGUACAUAAUCAAGUAAACAAAUAAAUAAAUAAGUAGUUAAAAUGCUAAUAACAUAAUAUACUUAAUACCGUCUUUCCCCCCAUACAUCUCGGAUUUACUUUUAGUAUUUCUGUUGUUAUUAGAAUGUCAUUUCUGUACAAUAAAAGCUCUUAAAUGAACAAACAACAAAUGAUAUAACCUUAUUUGUUUCGGAACAAGGGCGUAAACAGGCUUAAAUGACCACAGGCA